AUGCAAUUAAACAGUGAUCAAUGUUGCGUAACCUUUCCUCUCGAUCUCACCAUCUCUUCCGAACUUGUCAUGAGCAAACUUCGAGAUAUUCCACCAAAAGAAAAAUCCACCAAAAUUACACAACCAAUUUUUACCUUUAUUGAAAAUAGAAAGUAUUAUCCAUUGUCUUUUAAGCAAGUGGUGAUAACGGAGAAUUUAGAUGUAAUUCGUGAUCGUAAAUUUAUUAUUCACGAAAUGGUUGAAUAUUACAACAAAUGUAAAAGUCAGUUGAUUGGUAUUUGGCGUGAGGUUGUGAGCUAUUUGAAAUUGUGGAAUGAAAGAGAAUUUGUAUUGGAAAUGAUGAAGAAAUUUGGUUACUUGUUGGAUGAGUUUGUAAAGAAGGAGGAGUUUUUGGAGGAUCGAGAGAUUAUUCUAUAUUCUAUUAGAUCAUGUUAUGGCAAUUAUUCGAUUGUGAAGGAAAAAUUUAGAAAUGAUAAGGAAAUUACAAUGAUUGCAGUUGGCCAAUCACCAGAUUUAUUAAGAUAUGCAUCUGAAGCAAUGAAAGCUGAUAGAGAUGUUGUAAAAAUUGCCUUAUUGCAGAGUGGAUACGCUUUCAAAUAUAUUUCAGAAGAAGUGAAGAAGGAUCGAGAGUUUAUUUCAUCCAUUUUCAAUCACAAUAAGGAUAUGAUUGAAUACAUUUAUUCCUUUUGA